AAGCAGUACUCAGGGGAGAUGUGCCUACUCAGUAGCCCAUCUUGCACACACUGUCUACAGUGUAAAUAAACCAGUUUGAAGUAACUACCUCAGGCAGGCUACCAUCCCUCUAGAUAAGAUACACCACAUCGCCAGUACGUGAAACUGCUAGCUUUGAUUCACCCAGUUCGGUUGAAGGGUCAUGAGGACUGAAACGUCAACUCUUUUCUUCUCCGCCGAUACUGCCAGACCUGCUGAGUUUUUCCAGGUUCUUACUGUCUCAUCUGAAGUACCAAAGAAAAUUGAAAAUGCAUACAAGAAUGCUGAAAACUCCAAAAGAUUACUGAGUAACUUACUUGAGAAAAACACAACCUUAACUAAAUCCAUCAGCAGUCAUCUAGUAACAGCCCAACCAUGGAUGGAAGAGCUGAAGGUGUUGAUUGGUCAGAUUGAGGACAUUGAGCGACACCUUUGGUACUUGAAAUGGAUUUCGCAAAUAGAGGAGUUAAGUGAUUGCAUUCAGCAGCACCUCAUGACAAAUAGUGUAUCAGAUGCUGCCAAUACCCUGGUUUCCAUGGCAGAAUUAGAUAUAAAGCUUCAAGAAUCAUCUUGUACUCAUCUACUCAACUUCAUAAGAUCCACUGUCAAAUUCUGGCACAAAAUUCUCAAGGACAGACUAACCAAUGAUUUUGAAGAAGUCUUAAAACAGCUGCAUUGGCCUUUGAUUGGACCUCCACAGUCCCAGAUUCCUGCACUGGCCUCAGUUGCAAACUCAGCCGAGCUCAACAACAACCUGGGAACACUGUUCAUUCAACUUCUUAAGUUACAGACGUCAGAUGAACUAGUAACUAAACAAAAACAGCUACCAGAGAAGUAUGAAGUUCCUCCUUCCUUACCCAUUGCAAUUCCCAUACAGCUCAUGCUACUGCCACUACAGAAGAGAUUUAAAUACCACUUUUCUGGGAACAGACAAACAAAUAUGCUAAACAAGCCAGAGUGGUACCUGACACAAGUACUAAUGUGGAUUGGAAACCAUAUUAAGUUCUUUGAAGAGAAAAUUCAGCCCAUCAUAGAUAAAACAGGCUCCUCUUUGGAUGCCAAGCUGGAGUUCUCACGGGGUCUGGUAAUGCUGGUUUUGGAGAAGAUGUCUGCUGAUAUUCCCAGGCUCCUCUAUGAUGAUAGCCUGUUUUGCCACAUGGUAGAUGAAAUAUUGUUGUUUGAAAAGGAGCUGUAUAGUGCCUAUGGCUAUCCCAACAACCUCCCAAGCUGCAUGCACAUCCUUUCAGAAGAGACCUGCUUUCAGAAAUGGUUGACAGUGGAAAGAAAAUUUGCCUUAGAAAAGAUGGACUCUGUCUUAUCUUCAGAAGCUGCAUGGACAUCCCAGUAUAAGGACAUCGCUGAUGUAGAUGAGAUGAAAGCUCCAGAUUGUGCCGAAACAUUCAUGACACUUCUUCUCGUUAUUACAGACCGGUACAAGGGCCUUCCUACAGCAGCCCGAAAACUACAGUUUUUAGAACUACAGAAGGAGCUGAUUGAUGAUUUCAGGAUUCGUCUAACUCAAGUGAUGAAGGAGGAGACCCGUUCUCCUCUAGGAUCCCGUUACUGUGCCAUUCUAAAUGCUGUCAACUAUAUAGCAGCAGUGUUAGCAGAUUGGGCAGACAAUGUGUUCUUCUUGCAGCUUCAGCAAGCAGCACUCGAGGUUUGUGGAGCGAGCAACACCAUGACUGAGUUACAACUUGGGCAGCUGGCCUCUCUUGAAAGCUCUGUCUUUGAUAAUAUGAUUGAUUUGCUAAAGCGCCUGCGAUAUGACAUGUUGACACGACAAGUAGAGCAUGUCUUUAGAGAAGUGAAGGACAAAGCAAAACCUUACAAGAAGGAAAGAUGGUUGUUUUUGCCAUCUCAGUCAGACCAAGCAGUGAUGUGUCUGUCUAGUUCAGCUUGUCCAAUGUUACUGACUCUACGAGACCUAUUGUUGCAGUUGGAGCAGGAACUGUGUCACUCGCUUUUCAAAUCUUUUUGGCAAAUGCUUGCUGAGAAGCUGGACUUGUUCAUCUACCAGGAUAUUAUACUGGCAAAUCACUUCAAUGAAGGUGGAUCAGCACAGCUGCAAUUUGACAUGACUCGGAAUCUUUUCCCACUGUUUGCCCACUAUUGCAAAAGACCAGAAAACUACUUCAAGCAAGUGAAAGAAGCUUGUGUCAUCCUGAAUCUGAAUGUGGGUUCGGCUCUGUUGUUACGAGAAGUGCUACAAACUGCUUCUGGCAAUAUGACUGAUGCAGUUGCCUACUCUGAACAGCCCACCGCAGUAGCAGCUUUGAAUGAAAUUGGAGUUUAUAAACUGGCCCCACAAGAUGUUGAGAUCCUGUUGAAUCUAAGGACAAACUGGCCAAGUACAGGCAAAUAAAUGAACCAUUGAUUAGAUGGAACAUCACUGUUGCAUUUAAAAAUGAAGCAUAUAAUUGAUGUGACUCAACAGUGGUGUGUUUAGAAGGAUAAUGAGAAGAGGAGAUGGACGUAAAUGGACAUGAAUCAAACUUGUGAAUUAAGCAAUGACUAGAAAUGCCAAUCCAGAAUGUUCUGUGUUAAGUCCUAUUGAAUUAAAAAUUAUUGUACUAAAAA